AUGGCUGGACCGAUCAAGAUUGCAGUCAUCGGGGCCGGGCUUAUUGGUCCAAGACAUGCGCAAACAGUGGCAGCAGACUCCAAUGCCCUGCUAUCUGCGAUUGUUGACCUGACGUCGGCAGGGGAGGAGCUCGCCAGAAAGCUGAAAGUCCCAUAUUACAAAACUGUGGCUGAUUUGCUCCAGUCGGCUGACAAGCCCGAUGGCGCGAUCAUUUGCACUCCCAACCACACCCAUGUGGCCGUGGGCUUGGAACUGGUUCGAGGAGGGGUGAAUAUUCUGGUUGAGAAGCCCAUCAGCACCGACAUCGAAAGCGGACAGGAGCUCGUCCGCACCGCCCAAGAAUUGGGAGUCAAGGUGCUCGUGGGACAUCACCGCCGAUUCAACUCCUACAUGUUGGCUGCCAAAGACGUGGUUGCUUCCGGCAGGAUAGGGGAUUUGGUGGCCAUCAAUGGCAUAUGGGCAACAUAUAAGCCGCUGGACUAUUUUGACCCUCCUGCAGUAUGGAGGAGGGCAAAGACCGGCGGCGUUAUCUUGAUUAACCUGAUCCACGAAAUCGACCUGAUGCAUUACCUCCUGGGCCCAAUCACACGAGUAUAUGCGGAGCCGAUCCCCUCCAGAAGAGGCUUCGAUGCUGACGAAGGCGCCGCUAUCACACUGAGGUUUAAGUCGGGGGCCGUGGGCUCUUUCUUGCUCUCCGACAAUGUACCAUCUCCUCACAACUUCGAAGCCGGCACAGGGGAAAACCCACUGAUCCCCCAAGCGGGAAAGGAUUUCUACCGACUCUUUGGCUCAGAAGCGACGUUGAGUGUUCCGGAUUUGACUAUUUGGUCCUAUGCCAACACUACAGUGAAAUCCUGGCUUUCUCCCUUGACGACUGAGGAGGUGACAGUAGAUGUCAAGACUCCCUUCGAGUCACAACUCGCCCAUUUCAUCAAGGUUAUCAAAGGCGCAGAGGAGCCAAGCUGCAGUGGCGCCGACGGACUAAGAGCUCUGAUCGUGUGUGACGCUCUGAAGCAGUCACUCGAGACAGGUGCUCCGGUUGACGUUGCGUCCCCCUUGUGA